AUGCCCACCGACAAGCAAAACGCCGAGUUCCUCUACUCCAUGCUCAAGCAGCUCGAGGUGAAGCAGAUCGACUGGAAAGUCAUCGCUGAGGCCCACGGCAUCAAGACCGGCCACGCCGCCCGCAUGCGCUGGUGCCGCUACCGCGACGCCCGCGAGGGCGCCAAGCCCACUCCCCGCGGCAGCAAGAAGGACAACAACACCAAAAACAAAAACAACCGCGGCUCCUCUGCCGAAGACGGUGAUUCCGACCACCGCAGGAAAAAGAGGAAGAGGCCGGCGGCGAGGAAGGGCGUUGAUGCCGCUGGUGGUGAUGAUGAUGAUGAUGAUGAUGGCGAUGAUGAUGAUGAGGUCCCGGCGUCGAAGAAGGAGGGCGAGGACGAGGGUGGCGGAGAGGACGAUGAUGGAGAAGAAGGUAGGCCGAAGAAGAAGAAGGAGGCUAUCAAGCACGAGCCUCAUGAGAAGGAGUCCGAAGGGGACAACGACGACUCCGAUGUGCCGAUCGUGCGGAUGAAACGAACAAUGCCCAAGACGGAAGCGAAAGCGGAGACUAAGACCGAACAGAUGGCGGGGGGCCUCACACUCUACGAUGUGCCUGCCAUAGAGACGGAAAAAUAG